CCCACGAAAGCGCUCCCGCACACGUACAGUAGCUCCUUCCACAUUCGAAUUUCCGACUUCCAAAAAUUCAAGCACACGCGUCGAAAGUGGACAUGGGCUCCUUCUGAAAAAACUCGUGGGCUAGCAGCCGAAUAGCAGCCACAACACCCACCUCCAUGCCAUAAACUGCUCCUCCUUCCGCAUUUUUCUUUCUCUCAACGCUUUCACUCCCAUGCCGUCUCAACCUUCCUCUCUCACCCCAUGCCCAACUAUGCAGGAACGGAGUGCGUAGGUCUGCGGAAAGCUGUCUCGGCGAUGGAUAUAAAAGGAAGGGUGGUCGGCCUCUUCCCUUUCUGUCCAUCAUCCCACACACACACAGCAACACAACAGCAACAGCAAACGCACUCCUACGCUCUUCUUUCCUGCACAUCCAUCAGCAGCAGCAACAAUCCAAACCCUACACAACCCAACCAACAAAUCGCAAAAGAUGCCCUCCAUCGCCCUCCAACAACAGUGGUCUUCCGCCCUCGAGCACCAAUCCGGCCCCAUCUUCGCUGACCUGAAAGUCGCUAAAGCCAUCAAGGCCCAACAAAAGACAUCGACUAUCACCCCAGCCACCACCACCACCGCCGAUAAAUUCGUCAUCAUGCCCUCCUCCGGUGUAAUGACCCAGCAGUGGGCUUCGGCGCUCGUUCACGAGUCUGGCCCCAUCUUUGAGGACUUGAAGCACAAGAACGCCGGAAAGAAGGAGAAGAAGCAACCGGCGGCUAAGGCCACGGUUGCAAAGUCUUCCAAGAACUUCAUCGCCAUGCCCUCGGCGUUCAACGGCGCCCAAUCAUGGGCUACCGCGCUCGUCUACGAAUCCGGGCCCAUCUUCUCGGCGAAAGCUGCCAAGAAGGCGAACAAGCAGCAGCUGGUUGAACCCACCACCGUUGCAAAAUCUACAAAGGCCCAUAUCGCGAUGCCCUCUGCAUUCACUGGCGCUCAAUCCUGGGCCACAUCCCUCGUCUACGAAUCCGGACCCAUCUUCUCGGACCUGAAAGCUGCCAAGGCGCUCAAGAAGCAAAACAAGAAACAGCAGAAACCCGCACCUGAGGGCAAGAACUUCAUCGCGAUGCCCUCCAGCUUCAACGGCGCACAAUGCUGGGCGACUACCCUCGUCUACGCUUCCGAGAAGAAAACCGUAUCCACUCCCACCACACAAACCGAAUCCACCACCUCAUCCCCCGAAAUCACGCUAACAACCGUCCCCCAAUCCGAACCCUCUGUUUCGGUCAUCCACAUCCGCCCAGCCUCCAUCAUCUCCGUCCACACGGCCGCUGAUUCGGCCUACGCUUCUGAUAUCGAGACCGCCAAGGGACGUACGUCGAAAAAGACCUCGAGACAAACGCUGAACCCGUUCUCGGGGCCUGCUUUCCCUGUGCUUCGCAUCUAGGGGAACACUGAUAUUUGUCGGAUAUACCAUCCGCACAAGUUCUUAUCCCACCCUUGCUCUCGUACAUACUCUUUUUGGACUCGGUUUUAGUAGAUUAUCUAGUAUAAAUGCUCGGAUUUUGGCCUCCACUUCUGUCUGGCCAUAAUUGUUCAUCCACAUAUUCCCACCCUUUGUAUACAUUCCACGCUUCACAAGUUGUGCCGCUUUCGGCAUGCCUCAUUGCAACUAUUGGUUUUACAUGUUGUUAUAUAAAAUACAUAUACGUGA